AAUAUAAAUAAUAAAUAAAUAAAAUAAUAAAAAAAAAUAUAAAAAACAACCAAAAAAUUAAAAAAAAAAAUGGCUAGAACUAAAUAAACUGCUAGAAAAUCCACUGGUGUAAAAGCACCUAGAAAGCAACUUGCUACAAAGGCAGCUAGAAAAUCCGCACCUGUUUCAACUGGAGGAUUAAAGAAACCUCAUAAAUUUAGACCAGGAACAGUUGCUUUAAGAGAAAUAAGAAAAUAUUAAAAGACAACAGAUUUAUUGAUUAGAAAACUCCCAUUUUAAAGAUUAGUUAGAGAUAUUGCUUUAGAAUUAAAAAAUGAUGUUAGAUUUUAAUCUCAAGCUAUAUUAGCUUUAUAAGAAGCUUCUGAAGCUUACUUAGUUGGACUUUUUGAAGAUACUAACUUAUGUGCUAUACAUGCUAAAAGAGUCACUAUUAUGACAAAAGAUUUACAUUUGGCAAGAAGAAUUAGAGGUGAAAGAUUUUGAAUGAAAU